AUGCAAGUCAUCCAGGGAGGGACGGUGGACAAAGACAUCGUGGCCGUCUGGCACGCGCUGACGACCUCUGAACAGCAUGGGCUAAAUGAUCUUGGAUGCAAUUCCUGUGCUCACCUGGUCCAGGAAAUCCUCUGCCAGGUAGGACAUUGGCAUGAGGAGGAAGAGGGGGACCAAGAUUAUGCAAUUUUCCUGGAAACUCUGAGCCACAAGCUGGGGCAUUUUGUCAGUGAAACCAUCUCCAAAGGUGAGCUACAUGAAACCCCUGUCGUAUUGCUUCGGCGAGCAGAGGCCACACCGCAGCUGCUAAAUCCGGGGAUUGGACUCCUUGGAUUUGCUGUUGCCUGUGUGCUUCACAGAGAAAGGUUGUGGAGAAAGAUGAAUGCCAUCCAGGUGUUUUCGGUGACUUUGCUGUCCGUUCUGGCAGCCAACGCUCAGGUCAUCAUGCCUGGGAGAUGCCCCAGUGCCACUGUUCAGCAGAACUUUGAUGCUGCAGCGUAUCUCGGUAAAUGGUACGAAGUCCAGAGACUGCCCCACACCUUUCAGAGAGGCCAGUGCAGCACUGCCACCUACAGCCUGAAGAGCCCUGGAGUUGUUGGUGUUCUCAACAGAGAGCUCCUUGCCGAUGGGACUGUUGAUGAAAUUAUUGGUACUGCUGAGCCCAGCGCCACUGAGCCUGCCAAGCUGCUGGUGUACUUCUUUGAGAAUUCUCCCCCUGCUCCCUACUGGGUUCUGUCCACCGACUACGACAACUACGCCCUGGUCUACAGCUGCACUGACCUCGGUUUUCUCCAUGUGGAUUUCACUUGGAUCCUGAGCAGGCAGCCCACUCUGCCAGAGGAGACCCUGGAGGAGCUGCACAGCACUCUUAACUCCCUCGGCGUCCGUGUUGACAAGCUUCUCGACACCAACCAGGAUGAAGCUUACUGCAGUCCUAUGAACUACUGGUUCAACACAAAGAGUCCCAUUGAUAGCACAGAGCAGCACCACGGCAAAACCUCACGGAGAACUACGUCUGUAACGAGGCCCGUCAUUACCAUGAAGUCAUUUCUUCUUCUGGCUUUCGUGCUCACCCUGCCGGUCAUCAGGGCUCAGGUUCCCCACUGGGGCCCCUGUCCAGAGCCUGCAGUUCAACCGGCCUUCAGCCUCAAACAGUUCAUGGGGAGAUGGUUCGAAAUUGCCAAACUGCCGGCCCAGUUUGAGAAAGGCCGCUGCAUUGAAACUAAUUUCACCAUGAGGACAGACAACUCCAUUCGAGUAGUCAGCUCUGAAAUACUAAAAGGAGAACUGAAGAAAAUUGAAGGAACUGGUGUCAUAGAGGAUAUUAAGAAUCCAGCCAAACUGGGAAUAAGUUAUUCAUAUGUCCUUCCCUACUCCCCGUACUGGAUCCUGUCCACUGACUACGUGAACUCAGCCCUGGUCUAUUCCUGCACCGAUGUCCUCAGGCUCUUCCAUGUUGACUUCGCCUGGGUGCUGGGUCGGAAACGGAGCCUGCCGGAGUCCACCAUCGACAAAGCCAGGGAGAUCUUUGCCACCAACAAUAUUGAUGUUACCCGGAUGAUCCCCAGCAGGCAGCAAGGCUGUGACAAAACUCUCUGAGUGGCCGCGCCUUUUCUGACAGAUAGUACACAAAAAUCUUUGUCUAAUAUUUUAAGGUGAUUGUGACUCUGUUUGUGUGUGGAAUAAAAUUAAUUUCUGCCACAUUGUUACCGUUUUGCCUGCAAAUGACAGUAAGUAACCUAAAGCGAUGUAGCUUAAUGUCUAUCAGAGUAAAUUAUUGUUUGAUCAUUUGUUACAGUAAUUAUAUUUAACACAAUGUCCAAGCAAAGAGGAAUACUUACUUUUAACUCAUAGUUUCAUUGUAGUUUUUGUGGAACACACUGUUGUAAAGAUAUUGGAAUCACAUGAUGCUGAGUCAUUUCAACAUUUGUCCCACAAACUGGAAACAUUGAGGAUCCUAUUAGUCUCAAUAAAAAUCAUUUCAACACGUGAUUUCUGGUGAUUUAGAGAAUUUGCAUCAUAUUACAACGCUACUCGGAAGUAAAACAAACAAUUUGAACAAGAAACUGUAUUAUUUGGUUUCUUAGUUCAACAUUGACUUUACCAUCUUGCUCUGAAGGUACUCAGGUUCUAACCCAGAGUAGAACAAUAAAG